ACAUGUAAAUAUUAAUCCUAAAUAUCUAUCCGUUUCCACUUCUUCUCCCUCUAUCUGUAUAAAUCCUUUUGUGACUAGGCAACCUCAUGAACGAAAGAUGACGCACAUAGCUUGUGCGGCUGCCGAGGGCAAUCAUCAUUUCGUCUCGAUAGAGUUCACAUCACACGCUCCGUGUAAGCCACAAAACCAGUAAAAAGACAAUUUAAGCAAAGACUUUAACUCCAAACCUGCUAAACUUAUAUUGGUGGCAGCGGUUACAAAGCGAUUACAAAGCGAUUACAAAGGAUUUGUCAUAAAAUACUACUGUCCUACACACAGUGCCUCAAAUUCCGUGGUGACUCCGUUGGCAACGACUCCGUGAACCAGUGUGAACUCAAGCACAACCUCUCUACAAUUACGGGAUUACUACACUCCCUAUGAGACGACUACAAGCCCCAUAGCUCGUACUUGCACCUACAAAAGAGGUCACCACCUACGUUGUAUCACCAAAACAACAAUCUGUGCCACCACUCAGCAAACGUCCGUGACCAGUCUACCCAAAAAUCCCACCUCACUUAACGGGAUUAACCCCCUGCCGAACUCCCCCAACCCUGUAUCUUCACAGUCACAAGAGGAGGAAGAGGAAGCCAUAUUAGUAGUGACGAGGUAGUAGCCGCGGCCAGGCAGCUCAAUUCAACGCGUCAGCGGUCUGCGUCAGCGUGCCGUCAAUCAAAGCAUCGGCAACACCCACCCCCGGCUAGUGGAACACGCCGCACAAUUUUGGUUUGUCACCUGAACUAUCACUCAAGUAAGACGAAACGUUGUUCCAUAAUUUAGUACAUGUACCGUCGAAACCCCCCACUUCAAAUAACAUUCUCACCCUCGUCUCCCAUUCUCCACUAAAUUAACCUAAUAUAAUCGCCAUUUCAUUUGUUCUUAAUCCCAUACACGGAUUACAUUUAAAUUCCUAUCCCUACUCUCUUGUAAUCCAUACCGUUCGCCUUCAGCGCUCCUCCCCUCCCCGUUCACCAGCCCUACCCCUCUUUCGCCGGCGGCAGCCACGUCUUGCUGAUCCCAGUGAUAUGUGUCGCCAUCUGCACAUCUGCUGAUCCCAGUCAUUUAUGCCCUUGUACCGCCCCACUCUUUCCUCAAGCGACCUCACGACUGCUUCACACCCAAGCUUGUGCCGGAGAGCAGAGAGAAGUGAGUUAACCCACAUCUCCUGCGUCCCAGUCUCCCCCCUCACCAUACAUCAGCCAUACCAUCAUGCUCUGGUCUCCUUACAAAUGCAUCGGACACAGCUAAGUGACUCCCCCGUCUAACUCCCCAUGUCCCAGGAUCGAAAAUUGGAAGAGGCUCUAUCCUCUGCCUUCAGCGGUUUAACGAUUGAUACUCCCCAUCACACAGUCCUCCGUUCAGGAGCUGCUUAUCCAAAACCUAUUCCCCCAGCACCCCCAUUACCUCCUGCAAAGAAGCUCCCCUCAGACUUCUCACCAGAGCUUUCCCAGACUACUUCUUCCCAGACAGAACAGCACCAAAGUGACCCAACCAUGAGUGACAAACCUCAAAACGUCAUUUUAAGGGGCGAGGAUAAAAAUCCAAAAUAUACGGGCUCAGAGGAGACCGGCCCCGACCUCCUAACUCACCUGCAGAGGGUAGAGGAUGCUUUUACCAAAUUCCAAUAUACAAAUGAAAGGGAGAAAUUGGCCCACCUUUACGACAGCAUCCACACGGGCCCUUGUCGGGCUCAAUCCAUUAUAAAAAGUGACGCAUUCAAGAAAGCCAAAACAUAUGAUGAAGCGAAAGCAAAUCUCAUCAGCCAUUUCGGCUCCACAUGCAAACAGGGUGCCCUGUCAGUCUUGUUCCGCCUAGCGGCUACCUACCGUCCCAAAAUAAAGGCUAAUAUUGCAGUGGACGACUGUUUAGGCGUCGCGGGUGGAGCCUUCACAGAGUUUGAAACCCAAUUCCGUCACUCCCCGUGGACUACCGAUGAGAAAAUGAACCUUGAAGAUGUGUGCCGCCUUUUCUCAUACUUUGUCUUUCUCCUUAAUUGCACGGAGACACUCUUCAAAGAGUUACAAAAGGAAGAACCCCUACCAAAAGGUAGAACCCUUUUCAACCACAUCAGUCCCCUGUCGGGACGAGAGCCACCAACAGAACCCACAUCCUCAGCGGUGAGGGGUGUCAGAAUUCAGAGGGGACGUCCCCAAAGUCGCUCCCCGACCGGAGCUCAGACCCCUAGGAACCGCUCUGCCACACCCCGCGGCCGCCGCCCUUACACUAGAGGCAGGGGUCGCGGGCGUGGCUAUAACACUCAAUAUUGUUACAACUGCAGAAUCACAGGACACCAUACACGUAAUUGCUGGUACGGCAGCAACACCCAACAGUCAAAUCAAUAUUGUUCCUACCAUAAGACAUCAGGCCAUAACACCAAGGAUUGCCGCGCGAGGCCCCGGGGAGGUACCUCGUCGGGGGAAGCCUCGCGCGCCAUGUCUCCCGCAAUAACAUAGGCUCGGGUACAAAAUCACACCAGGUGUGUGGUAUUCAUACAACACCCCCAACCCGCACACCUUUAAACAAACCAAGUACAUCCACAGCUCAUUUUGACAUUGAAACCCAACCUACGGAUGUUGAAACCACUACCAUGAAACACCACCGCAUUGCUCUUUAUCCCCAAUCCUCCCUUGCCAUGACUGUCCCUGCUCAGUGUAAUGGUCGCCAAAUUAGUGUUUUCAUGGACACAGGGGCAUGUCCCAAUAUCAUAAACAUCGGAACAUUGCGUGCCUUACAUGACGCAAAGACAACCUUGGUAUUGGAACCUCCCUGCCUAAAAUUAAGUGGACUAGAUGACACAUCAUUUAAAGUAGUUGGACACACCCCCUUGUCUAUCCAGUUGGCUAACUCCCUGUCCCCGAUUACAGCCACCUUUCAUGUGUGUCAUGGUUUGAAUAUCCCAGGUGAUAUUCUUUUGGGUCUUCAAUCUAUGCGGGAACACUGCUUGUCCCUAGCUCCAGCAGAAGAUUGUGUUUACCAACAUGAAACACCAAUUAGAACACUCACGGCCCCAAAGCCAUUGUUGUGCACUUCUCCCUCCGCCGAUGGAGAAUAUACUCAUCUUUCUAGCGUGGCCCAGCGGUCACUGGUUGAUACUUCAUCUCCAGCAGUGCAUGUUAUUAAGGAACAAAGUGCAUCAUCCUCCAAUACAUUACCUCCC